AUGUUUGGUCACUUUGCUUCUGAGGCCCAGUCGAGGUCUCAGGCACCAAGUGACGAUAAUGGCCAAGUCUACCCCGAGGACGACCUCAACCCUUCCACGCCUCCACAGCCAGGAACACACUCCCAACACCACCGGCCAUGGCAUACCUCCAACUCUACCCUCAUUACCGACGACAGCUUCACAAGCGGACAGCAAGCCGAAUCGCACCGACAACGGACGGCGAGCAUGGACGUCCUGACGCAUAAGCUUAGCAACUCGCAUCUGCGUCUUGGAGACAGUGUCCCGCCUCCUUUGUAUCGGUAUCCGACGUCUGCUUGUUCCUCAGUGACUUCUUUAGACCAACCUACCGACCCGAGAAUGGAAAUGGACCCAUGUUGCCAGAAGUUAUCGUCAUAUGUGCCAAGUCUGCUCGCUGCAACCUCGUCUACAUCGUCGGCUGCAGAACCUGAUCAUCCCAGACAUUCACAUAAUUUCAAGCAGGACGUCAGGCGAUUACGACGGCAGCCCUCAUCGCUCUUUCUCAACGAGUCAGGAGGCAACAGCGCAAUCCAAACUCGCGUUGAAGGGAUGAUAUCGACUGGCACCCAAUGCAAUGUGUACACCCCGCCUUUAGUACCUGUCGCUCCCAUUGAGGCCGACGACAACGACGGCCUGGACUAUGGAGUGGGAGCAACCGGUCUAGAAAUUGAUGAGGGCGCUGGUGACGACGAUGAGUCCGGUAUUCCCUUUUUAGACAAGCUCUUAUCAUCACGUCGUGCAAGCGGGACAGUUGGCAUCAGAAAGAAUGGCUUCCCACUCUAUCGAUCAUCGACCGACACGGCUCUUCGCUGUCAAAAUCUUGUUCGAAACAAGCCGAGAAUGAGGCGUCGCAAAGCAAGGCAAAAACCUCCUUCUCCUACGAUGUCUGCGGGGGAGGCUUCCUCUGGAGCCUGA